AAGCGGCGGCGCGGCCCGGCUGCGCGCGCCCGGGAGGGGGUCGGAGCCGCCCGCGCCACACCUGCUUCCGGCCGCCGGGGGACUUCCCCCCUGAGGACUGGGAAGUGCGGCCUCCCCUCCCCUGCGGGACUGGCGGAAGGGGUCCCGCGGCGCUCACGUGUGCCGCGCGCGCGCUUAGCAAGCCUAAGCGGGGCCCUCGAAAAUCAGGAUGGCGGCGUCAGCAGAGCAAAUUGUUUUAGGAGAUACCCAACCAAAAGGAAUUUGAAGUCCACUGCUGUGGAUUGAAUCAUGUCCCCCCAUGAAGACAUGUCCGAGUCCUCACCCCGGGACCUGUGGGACAAACUUCAGAGAUCCUCUCAGGAAACCUUACAGAAACAUGAAGCCCACUGCCAUCUGGAACUUAGAAACUCAUUCAGGGGCCAAUUGCGGCUUCUAGACUAUCCAGGUGUCCUGCAGAUGCAAGAACUUACCCCGCAGUCACCAGCUGGGGUCCCAAACAAAUGUGAGGCUUGAGCUGCGGCUCUAAAAGUCGGUGAAUACAGAAGAGUCACUUUCUAAGUGGCCAUGAUAGAUCAACCUUGGAACAGUUCACAGAAUCCAAGUGAAAAAGAGUAAUUGUUGAUGCUGAAUGUCUCAUUCUUGCACACAACCACUUAUCUUACUGAGCUGUAAGCUGUUGGUGGGGAAACAUUGACUGAAGAGGGUCAAACCAAAUGAGGAGUUGCAAGUGUCCUGAUUCCUGAAUCAGAAUUCCAGAUGGGGGCCUCGUUUCUGUAGCACCGCUGCUGCUACCACUCCUGUCACCAUCACCACCAGCACUGCCACCAGUACUUUCUCCCUGCAAACUCCACUGCUGCUCUCCAUGGACUUCCCACAUUGAAAGUGAGCAGAAGGGAUCUCUUGGAAAAGUCUCUAGUGGUGGCUCGCCAUCACCCCAGACAAUCAGAAUCCUCUGUUUACCACCAUGGGCUGGCUUUUUCUAAAGGUUUUGUUGGUGGGGGUGAGUUUCUCAGGAUUUCUUUAUCCUGCUGUGGAGUUUUGCUUCCAUGGGGAAACAAGAGACCAGAAACCAAAUUUCGUGAUCAUUUUGGCUGAUGACAUGGGCUGGGGUGACCUGGGAGUGAACUGGGCUGAAACAAAGGACACUGCCCGCCUUGAUAAGAUGGCUGCCGAGGGAAUGAGGUUUGUGGAUUUCCACGCAGCCGCCUCCACCUGCUCGCCCUCCCGGGCCUCCCUGCUCACCGGCCGGCUUGGCAUCCGCAAUGGAGUCACGCACAACUUUGCGGUCACCUCCGUGGGCGGCCUCCCGCUCAACGAGACCACUUUGGGCGAGGUGCUGCAGCAGGCUGGUUACGUCACCGGCAUGAUAGGCAAAUGGCAUCUUGGGCACCAUGGCUCUUAUCACCCCAACUUUCGUGGUUUCGAUUAUUAUUUUGGAAUCCCCUACAGUCACGAUAUGGGCUGCACUGAUAGCCCAGGCUACAACCACCCUCCGUGUCCGGCGUGUCCACUGGGGAAGGGACCAUCAAGGCCCCCCGAGAGGGACUGUUACACAGACCUGGCGCUUCCUCUGUAUGAGAACCUCGCCAUCGUGGAGCAGCCGGUCAACCUGAGCAGCCUCGCACAGAAGUAUGCCGAGAAAGCUACACAGUUCAUCCAGCGUGCAAGCACCAGUGGGAAACCCUUCUUGCUCUACAUGGGACUGGCCCACAUGCACGUGCCCUUAUCCGGGACCCCGCUGUCAGCAGACCCACCGGGCCGAAGAGCGUACAGAGCAGGACUCCGGGAGAUGGACAGCCUGGUGGGCCAGAUCAAGGACAAAGUUGACCGCACAGCAAAGGAAAACACACUCCUCUGGUUUACAGGAGACAACGGUCCUUGGGCUCAGAAGUGUGAGCUGGCAGGAAGUGUGGGUCCCUUCACCGGAUCGUGGCAAACUCACCAAGGGGGAAGCCCAGCCAAGCAGACCACCUGGGAAGCAGGGCACCGGGUCCCGGCUCUGGCUUACUGGCCCGGCAGAGUCCCCGUGAAUGUCACCAGCUCUGCCUUGUUAAGGUACGAGACCCAAACUAUCUUGAGACUUCGGAGUUUCAGUGUGCUGGACAUUUUCCCCACGGUGGUGGCCCUGGCCCGGGCCAGCCUGCCCCUCGGCCGGCACUUUGAUGGAUUGGAUGUCUCCGAGGUGCUCUUUGGUGGGUUGCAGACUGGGCACAGGGUGCUGUUUCACCCCAACAGUGGGGCAGCCGGAGAGUUCGGAGCCCUGCAGACUGUCCGCCUGCAGCGGCACAAGGCCUUCUACGUCACCGGUGGAGCCAGAGCCUGUGAUGGGGGCAUUGGACCCCAGCAGUACCAUGAACCCCCCCUUAUUUUUAACCUGGAAGAUGACGUUGCAGAGGCAGUGCCUCUGGAAAUAGGUAGUGCUGAAUACCAGACCAUACUGCCUAGGAUCAGGCAGGUUCUCGCGGGUGUUCUCCAAGACAUUGCUGAUGACAACGUCUCCAGAGCAGACUACACCCAGGAUCCUUUAGCAGCUCCCUGCUGUAAUCCCCACCGAGUUGUCUGCCGCUGCCAAACCGUGUAACCGGCUGCUUUUCCACAAGGAGGAAUAUCAGGAAGUAGGAUGGGGCCAGUUCACUUCCAGGCUUCAGUUUUGCCUUCUUUGUGGUCACAUAUGCCAGCAUUUUGCACAUCCUAUGCUGCCCCUGCGCGCUCCCCAUGCCGGCUAUGUCCUGGCUCAGCUUGGGAGGACAACUGACCUGCACUGGCCCUGCACUGGCCCUGGGGCAGCUUGAUGUCAUGGAAAGUGCACAGGCUUUGGAGUGAGACACAGGUUCAAAUCCCUGCUUUUGAACCUGGGCAAUUAUUUAACCUCUCAGAAGUUCCUUAGCUUGUUUACAUAGCUUGCACCUACCUUGCAUGCUGAUUUUGAGUGUUAAAUAUGCCAAUAAAUGAACACAUCUGGAAUGUUGCCUGAUGUGGAGGCAGGCGCUCGGGACACGCUGGUUUCCUUUUUAAGGCCCCAGUAGCUAUGGCCAUCUUGGCACAGAUUCAUUCCAGCAGCUCUGUCCAGCAGUGCUGCUCCUUCUUUAACGUGCACACACAUCACCUGGGCAUUUUGUGGAAAUGCAGAUUCUGACUCAGUAGAUCUGGGGUGGGCCCAGGAUCCCACAUUUCUAGAAGCUUCUAGGAGAUAACCUGAGUAAAAAGUACGAAGUCGGGUCUGUUUCUAGAUCUCGGAGGAGAAGAGGCCAUGAUAACCAAUGACCUUUUCCCCACCCCCUACCUUUUUUUUAAAGGUCAAAUGACUGUACUUUAAAGAUUUUAGGAGUUCUUCUUGCCUCUGAAGCCCUUAAAGAUAUAAAACAAAAUAAAAAUAAUUUCAAAAUCA